GCCGCCGGGCUCGAGCGCAGCCGUUGGGAGCCGCGUCCGAACCGCCGCCAUGAGCUCCGCGCUGGAGAAGCCGCAGAUCAUCGCUCACAUCCAGAAGGGGCUGAACUACACCGUGUUCGACAGCAAAUGGAUUCCCUGCAGCGCCAAGUUCGUCUGCGUGGGCAACUUCGCCAGAGGGACCGGCGUGCUGCAGGUCUACGAGGUGUCGCACGGGGCUGUGGUGCUGGUUAAAGAGAUUGAAAAAUCUAAACCAAUUAAAUGUGGGACUUUUGGAGCCACUACAUUGCAGCAGAGAUAUUUUGCUACCGGGGACUUUGAUGGAAACCUGAACAUAUGGAAUUUGGAGGCUGCAGAGUUUCCAGUGUACUCAGUAAAAGCUCACAAGGAGAUCAUAAAUACCAUUGAUGGUGUAGGAGGCUUGGGGAUUGGAGAAGGAGCUCCAGAAAUAGUAACUGGAAGCAGAGAUGGGAUGGUUAAAGUCUGGGAUCCAAGACAAAAGAACACUCCGGUGGCAAAUAUGCAGCCUGCAGAUGGAGAUACCAAACGAGACUGCUGGACUGUGGCAUUUGGUCAUGCGUACAAUCAACAGGAUCGCUGUGUCUGCGCUGGGUAUGAUAAUGGAGAUAUAAAAUUAUUUGACCUAAGAUCUAUGUCCCUCCGUUGGGAAACUAACAUCAGAAAUGGGGUUUGUUGCGUUGAAUUUGACAGGAAAGAUAUCAGCAUGAAUAAACUGGUAGCCACAACCUUGGAGGGGAAAUUCCACGUUUUUGAUAUGAGGACCCAACACCCAACCAAAGGUUUUGCAUCAGUCGUUGAAAAGGCUUAUAAAUCCACCAUCUGGCAAGUUCGACACUUGCCACAAAACAGAGAUAUCUUCAUGACAGCAGGAGGGGCUGGUAACCUACACCUUUGGAAAUAUGAAUACCCUGUUCAACGCUCAAAGAAAGACUCUGAAAACAUUGACAUGGGAGUUGCUGGCACAGUUUCCCUCUUGCAGAAUGUCACAAUCUCCACACUGCCUAUAUCAAGCCUUGACUGGAGUUCAGACAAGCAGGGCCUGUGUGUGUGCACUGCAUUUGACCAGACAGUGCGAGUUCUAAUUGCAACUAAACUCAACAGACUUUAAGGAUAAACCAAUUUCCUAUGAAGCUGGAAAUCUACCAUUGCUAAUGCCUUAAUAUAUCUUGUGAGACAACGUAAGGAAGAAGAACGCUGGAGACGCUUACAAUGGUUAAAAAAAAAUUGCAGAAUAAUUAUUUUAAAUUGACCCUCAUGCCACACGUGGUCCUAUUAGCUUCUAAGGAGAGGGAUAAUCUGUAAUCGGUACUGCAGCAGUAUGAUGAACCACAGUGUAAGGCAGCCUUCAACUGGGUCGUGUAAUCACCCUCAAGGUGCACUUACUUCUGACAGCACGCCAUCUCGUGGCCUCACUGAGAAUGGAUGGAUAUUUUCCAAGCAAAAUGAGUAAGCUUCAGUGGCAGGCAUCUCUAGAGCUGCAGCUCAGAACCUUCUCGUUGGAGCUUAAUUAAGCACUCAAUGGCUACAGAGCCCCCAUAGAAUGUGCUUACACAUGGCAAUUCUCAGUUUACAAUGUGUUAAGACUCCACAACGUAAUAAGGGAUUAUGAUGGGAUCCCAAAUUAUUUUAAACAGUAUUUGUUUUCCAAUAUUGGGAACAUGCUCUAUUUUUUGACGUGUAGUUUUCUAAAGUUUGGCUCCAUCAUUUUGAAAAACAAGAAACCUCCACCCCACCUCAGGCUGAAUAUCCUAUUAAAAUUAUUAAUGACCAGACAUCCACUUAGAACUUUUACUGUAUAGCUUAUGGCAGACACGUAAGCAGUUACAUUCUCAUGUACUAUUGGAUAAUGCUGCAAAACAAGAAUACCUAAAGGGAUUCAGAUAACAUUGUGAAACACAAGUGUGACUUAAAUCCCAGAUAUUGUUAGGACAUGCACUCCUUCACAUUUUGUUUACUACGUGUGACAGUUAGCAGUGAAGUUGAGUGACUGUUUCACUGAAAGAAAAUACCAGCGAUUACACCACUUAACUCCUUCCUGUAGUGCUAUGUUACUGAUAACAUCCCUCGUUUAUAUAUUAUAGAUAUUUGUCAAUAUAAAAACUUUGUUACUUUGUGGCUUUGUUACAAGCAAAGGAUUGAACAGAUCUGAAAGCUAAUGUUUAUUUCUGUUUUAGGAGUAAUACAUUUCCAUUUUUUUUGAUGGAAUAAGUCCACUACAGGAUUAAAAUAUAGAUAUAUUUAUCUGUAAUAAACUGAAUCCAAAAUACA